UUUCCAUGAUUAAAAUGGUUGAAUAUGGAGUAAAAAUGAUGCACAGGAUUGUUGAUUCAAUUCAGUGUUGACUAUUUAGGGGACAGCCUGUACCUAUAAAACACCACAUGACUGCAGAGUUUACACAGUCAGGACUUUGAGCAGAAGAGAAAGGGGGUGUCGGGAACGUGCGAGAGAGAAAAGUAAGCGCGAGUGAGAUUCAGAGACUUGAGAUGCUCCACACUGCUUCAUGCACUCAGGUCAAGUAAGUGAGCACAGAGACCAUUGUGUUGGGAAGCUUCUAACGCAGUGAUGAACGUGACAGAAGAUUACCAAGGACAUAGCAGCAGCAGCUUUAACUACAGCCUUGCCAACGGCACAUCAGGAAAUGGCACCAUGAAAGGUUUCCAGCCUCUCUUCCCUCCAGGCAUGGAUAAGGCCAUCAGUGGCAUCACCAUUACCAUCCUCUUUACCACGAUGAUUUCCCUUGGCUGCACCAUGAAAAUAGACAAGAUCAAGCACCACAUUGUCAGGCCGAGUGGUGUGGGUAUAGCGGUGGUGGCUCAGUUUGUAAUAAUGCCUCUCUCAGCCUUCUGCCUGGCCAAAAUCCUCCAGCUCGGGCCCACUGAGACCAUGACUGUACUCAUCUGUGGAUGCUGUCCUGGAGGAAAUCUCUCCAACAUUCUUGCCUUAGCUCUCCAAGGGGACAUGAACUUAAGUGUUGUGAUGACCACAUGCUCUACAGUUUUGGCAUUGGGUGCAAUGCCCCUUCUCCUGUUUCUGUACUGCCAAGGGCUCGCCAAUCUAGAGAAUGCAGUUCCCUACAUCAAGAUCUUCAUUGCUCUCCUCAUGACUCUAGUGCCUUGUGCUGUGGGAAUCACCAUCAACCACUGGGCACCACGUUACUCUCAGUUCAUAAUUAAGGCUGGUUUUUGCAUCUUGCUCAUAGCCAGUGUGGUGAUUGGUACGAUCUGCGGCAUCACUUUAGGAGCAACAGUGUGGAUUAUGCUCUCUCCUCAAAUCCUGGUUGUUGGUUCCCUCAUGCCUUUCAUAGGCUACCUUUUAGGCUAUACCAUGUCCCUCAUCUUCAAGCAGAAUGGCCCGUGCAGCAGGACGAUCGCUAUGGAAACCGGCUGUCAAAACGUCCAGCUGUGCUCUGCAAUUUUGAAAGUGACUUUCCCUCCAGAUGAAAUUGGACCGCUGUUUCUCUUUCCAGUGGUUUACGUCAUAUUUCAGGGUGCUGAAGCUCUAUUCCUCAUCAUGCUCUUCAGAAUAUACCAAAGGUUUAAACCCUCAGCUGAAGGCGAGAUAUCUCGUCAGUCUGAUGUUAACAGUAAUCUGAACAGACGUCACAAAUAUGACUGCUGAUCUGAAAGGGCGUAUAGUAGUUUAGGGAUCUCAAACUUUGUGUAGCUCAGGACCCCUUUAACAGUAAAAGAAAUUCCACCGAAGGACAUGCUUGUCCGGGCAUCUUGUUAAAUGCCGACGUGGAGAUUGAGGUGAGCUCUGUGGUACUCCAUCCACAUCUAAUCCAGAAAGAAAAC